AUGGGGUCAGUUGUGGUCGUCCCCUUGUUGUGUUGUUGCCGGUCUUCACUGAAUCUGGACUAUUUCAACAAACUCACUAAAGCUGCAUUGCUCCUUGCAGCAGCAGCAGCAGCAGUAUUAGUAGGUGUGCACCACCACAACACCAGAACCAAGCUCUGCAUUGAAGGAACGCCUCACCUCAAAAAUCUGCCUCUUCAGAAGGACAUGGAUGACAGAAGCCAUAUUGGAGCAGAGAGGGACAGAGAACAUGCGGAUGAACGUCUUUACACCGACAUCAAUGACAACAGCGCCAACUUCAGACUGGAUUCUCCACCAUUAAAACCAGACCACUGUGACCUCCUUCUGGAUGCAAUCGAUGCACAGCUUGUUGAGCUGCAGGUUCAUUCCCAGAAAAGUCAGGAAGGCGUCAUAGAUCAUGACUGCACCAGCACAGAGAGCAGCACCAGCCACCAAGAAACACCUGCUAUACGUGAGGACCUUAAACAGAAACUUUCAGCCAGAGGAACAGGAAACAAAGAGGAAAUGGAGUCUCACAGGGAGCAGGUGAUGUGGAGGUUAGAGAGGCUGCUUGGAGAUGCCUGUAAGGACGGAACGGCAGCAGGAGGAACUCACCGCCUCUCAGACAGUAUCUGCACUGAGGACUUUGUGAAACGCUUCAGAGAAGAGAUGGUAGAACUGCCGUUGGUAGAAGGAAGUGAACAACCAGACAGAGUGAAAGGAGCUGAGAGGACAGAGAUUUCAGACAGUGACACUUUCCAGGGUGAACAAAAGGGACAAAGGCUUCCUUAUGUGGGAAGGAGAGGAACAGCAACCACUGGGACAGAGAAAGGACUCUGUGACAGCUCAGAAGCCGAGAUGUCGCAUUUUAGAGAGAAAGCUGGAGCUGGAGAGAGAUACACUCCUCCACAGAAGCACAGCGAUAACGACAACAUUCUUCAUAGUUCAGAGGGCGUUACAGAGAAGCUGCAGAUCUACACCUCCUCUCCUAAGGCCAGAUGUUUGGCAGGAGUACCCAUGUUGAGUUUUGACACAGUAUCCAUAGACAGUGACCUUGACUCGAUUUCUACAGAGCAAGUCAGACAACACAUCCACAGACAACCAGAAAUGUGGAUGAACUUUGUAACAACCAAACUGAUGAUGAAACAACCACACAGGAAGAAAGUGAACCUCAAUCUACAUCAGAAAUGUCAGAAGGAGGAGGAGACGCUAUGUUUACACAGGUCUCAGUUAAAUGAAGUUCAGCUCUCCCUCUCUGAACUACAACAGAAGAAACAGCAUGCAUUACAGGAGCUUGAGCAGCUGACUGCAGAGACAGCACAGAUGGAGAAGGAGAAAAAGAGUCUGGAGUCUGUUCUGAGAGAAAGAAGAGCAGAGAAGGACUCUAUCUGUUGUGAGCUACAAAAGCUACAGAGGCAGAAAGAGCCUGGUUUUUAUGAGGCCAGAAGCAAAGACGUGGAACUUAAAAACCAACAACAGCCCAAUGUCGCCAUGUCUGUGCUGGAAAGGGAGGAGAUAGAGAGGCAGCUGGAUAAUGCCAAAUCUGAACUAUUUGCAGAACAGCGACGUGCAAGAGAGAAGAUGGAGUCUAUGCAAGAAAAGCUGGAGGAGUCUUGUGAAGAGCUCCAAAGGGCCAAAGAGUCAGAGAGUUCACUCAGGAACAGGUGUAUCUGCUUGGAGGAGGCACAGAAGUACACAAAACAGCAGUUUGAGGAUCUAGAAUAUCAAGUGAUUGAGCUGCAGGAUGAACUGCGAGAAAGUAAGACCAGAGUGGGAAGUCUAGAGAAGAUGUUAGCCCAAAAGGAGCUCCAACUGAUGGAGAAUCAAGAGCAACAUAGUUCUUUACAAGGCAACAGAGAUGAAUUGAAGGGGGAGCUCCAGCGCAUUAAAGCUCAACACUAUAAUGCACUGAAAGAAGCCCAGGAGCAGGCCACCAAAGUGACCGAAGCAGCACUGAAGCAACAGAAGAAAGAUUUGGCUUUGGCCCAUGAGAUGCAAAUCCAAAAGAUAAAUAAACAGGCUGAAGAGGAAAAAGCAAAGGCAUUGAAAGAACAGGCUCUUUCUCUCACAAAACACAUCGGGUCAUUACAAAAUUCCAUUCAGCUAAAAGAAGAAGAAGCCAGCAAUCUGAGGAUGUGUCUGGAGAAGAAGAAAGAGGAAGCGAUGAAGCGUGAGGAGGAGAUGUGCAGAGAAGUGUCAGAUAAGGUGCAUAAAGCGGUAGAGGCGGAGAAGAGGAAGAGGGAGGCAGAAAAAGUGGAAGCUGUGCAGGUGCACUGCGGGAUACUGGAGGAACAGAACAGAAAAAGUCUGGAAAACAUGCGGAGUAAGAUACAGCAAGAGAAAAGUAAAGGACUGGCACUUCAGUGUAAAGUGGUGGAUCUGCAAACAAGAGUGCAGGAGUUGGAGGCUGAAAGCUGUGCACAGCAGAAAGAGCAGGAGUCUCUGCUGGCUGUAAUCUGCAAAACACUGAAAGAGGAGCAUCAGGCUGAGCUGCAGAGGACGCAGAGGCAGAUGGCACAGGAGAGUCAGAGGACAGUGAGGAGGCUGGAGAAGGCUGUUCAGAUUGCAGAGAAAGAAUGUAACAGACUCAGAGCAACGUUGGAAGAAAAGGAGAGAAGUCAGAGUGAGGCCACAGCUGAGGUGGAUCGGCAGCGCAGACUCUGGAUCCAGGAGCUGGAAACAGAGUGCAAACAUCUAUAUUACUUAGUGGACCAGGGUGGAGACAAAUCAAGUACUGGGCAGCUAUUUUCCAGUUCUACAGUAGCUGAAGCUCUUACAGCCCUGAGAACCAUAAGAGAACAACUGAAGCACUUCAUUUGUCGUCUGCAUCGGGAGCUCAAUUCACAGAAACAAACAACUGAGCAGCUGAGCAAGGACAAGGAACGAGAACUGAGCAUUCAGAGGCAACAGCUAAGGAUGGAGAGAGACCAGGCCUUGGAUUCACUCAAGGAGCGUCUUAUCCAGGAGCACAUUGAGGAGCUGAGCAGUCUGAAGUGGGCUCAUAUAUGCGACGGAGGAUCGGAACAAGUGGCGGCUUCUCUCCGCAAGCAGCUGAAGGCCAAAGACCUGGAGCUCAGGCAGGUUCAGAGGAGUAUGAGUGAGUGGAAGGAGCAGACUGCAGCCCGUCUGGCAUGCAAGUUUGAAGAGGAGUUGACGGCUGAGUUGGAAAGAAAGACGUUAAAGACACAAGAUGAGAAGCUGAAAAGGCCUGAAGGGAUGACACAUAGUGCAAAGGAAGCUCAGAUUUCGGUUCGAGUUCCAUCCCCUCAUGCUGUGGACUCUGCUGCCUCCAACAGCCCAUCAGAUACAGCCUCUUUAAAGCUUCUGCGUUAUCUCCAAAGCAGAGUGAAGCAGCUCCGAGUAGAAAAUCAAACCUUCCACUGGAGCCCAACUCCCUCAAGUACAGAUUUAUCAGGAUCAUAUCUUAAUACAGCACCAGACAGCGCCGGGAUUCACUGCAUUUCAUCGGGAUAGUCGUAUAUGAUAUUAUAUGUAGAUUACUCUGGAUGAACACAUGGUAGUGAUGUAAUGUUCUUGAAAUCUGUCUGAAGAUCAUCUAGAAAUAAAUCAUUGACUGUUACAUGUGCUUAAGGUAGCAAAUUAACAAGGUCACAGUGACAAACUUAAGAUGACGUCAAUACGUUCACAUUCCUCUGUGUGAUAGCAGCCAAAUUUAUGGCUUAAGCUUACAGUGAAGUGCGAAUAAGUGAUGAGCUGACAGUGGAAUUCAUGUGAGUUACAGCAUGUCAUGACCUCAUAAAGAUGGGAAUCCCUUGUAUAAUAUCCAACAUUACAUGACAGGAAACUCAACAAUAUAGAGCAGUUCUCAGAUGCGCUCUUAAACACAGCACAAUAAUUACUCAAAUAUGACCAACCUUCUGUGUUCAAUGACUUCAGACACAGUUAUCCAGUGAAAACAAUGAAGAGUGUUUCCACAGAUUAUGUAAAGUUUAUUUCAAAACAAAAAUAAGCAAUAACACUUACUGGCUGGCUGUAAUUCUGGAGAUGUGCAUUAGAAAAUACAACUAAAAAAUUUGCAUUUCCUUGACUUCUUCAAGUCUUUAUAAAGCUCUUACAGAGGAAAUACUUGAUAAGCACUAAAGGAAGAAAACCUUUCUACCACAAGUACAACUGCAGGCGGAGUCAUGCUGUGAGCAACUGCAUGGAGAGUUUUUGUAAUGUUCUCCUAAAUAUGGCCAGAUGAAGAAUAAAACAGUAAAAAAAAA